UCAUUUCCAUUCCGGCUCCGGAGGGUCUGGCGCAGCCCCGGGCAGACGCGCCGAGCCGAGCCGAGCUGCGCCGCGCCGGCAGGCAGGAGAGAGACCCGCGCCAGACCGCCGCCGCUUCGCGCCCGCCCCGCUCCGCUCGCCUAGCAACGCGGCGGACCCGCCGCAGCCCCGCCGCCCUUCGCCGCCGCUCCCCCGAGCCCCGCGGCCAUGGACGGCAGCGGCCGUGCCGGCCGGUGCGCGGCCCUGGCGCUGCUGCUGCUCGCUUGCUGCCUGGCCCGCGGCGGCAGCGCCGAGCGGCAGUUCCUCAACGAGUGGGCGGCGGAGAUCCCGGCGGGCCCCGACGCCGCCAGAGCCAUCGCGGAGGAGCUGGACUACGACCUCGUGGGGCAGAUUGGAUCACUCAAAAAUCACUACCUGUUCAGGCACAAGAGCCAUCCACAGCGGUCUCGGAGAAGUGCCAUUCACAUCACCAAGAGACUUUAUGAUGAUGAGAGGGUGUCGUGGGCAGAGCAGCAGUAUGAAAAGAAGAGAACCAAGCGUGGCGCCAUGAGAGACUCGGCAGAAGAUCUGUUCAACGAUCCCAUGUGGAACCAGCAGUGGUAUCUGCAAGACACCAGAAUAACUCCAUCCCUGCCCAAGCUGGAUCUCCAUGUAAUUCCUGUAUGGCAGAAAGGGAUUACAGGCAAGGGAGUUGUCAUCACCGUGCUAGACGAUGGCUUGGAGUGGAAUCACACCGACAUCUAUGCUAACUAUGAUCCACAGGCAAGCUAUGAUUUCAAUGACAACGAUCACGACCCCUUUCCUAGAUAUGACCCAACAAAUGAGAACAAGCACGGGACACGGUGUGCAGGAGAAAUUGCCAUGCAAGCCAACAACAGAAAAUGUGGAGUUGGAGUAGCCUACAAUUCCAGAGUUGGAGGCAUUAGGAUGCUGGAUGGGAUUGUUACCGAUGCCAUCGAAGCCAGCUCCAUCGGCUUCAACCCGGAGCAUGUGGACAUCUACAGCGCCAGCUGGGGCCCCAACGAUGAUGGCAAAACUGUGGAGGGACCCGGGAGGCUGGCACAGAAGGCUUUUGAGUAUGGCAUAAAACAGGGCCGAAGGGGGAAAGGCUCCAUCUUCGUGUGGGCCUCAGGGAACGGAGGCCGCCAGGGCGACAACUGCGACUGCGACGGCUACACCGACAGCAUCUACACCAUCUCCAUCAGCAGUGCUUCCCAGCAGGGCCUGUCCCCCUGGUACGCAGAGAAGUGCUCCUCCACCCUGGCCACAGCCUACAGCAGCGGGGAUUACACCGACCAGAGAAUUACAAGCGCUGAUCUUCACAACGAGUGCACAGAGACUCACACCGGCACCUCUGCCUCCGCCCCGCUGGCAGCAGGAAUCUUCGCCCUGGCGCUGGAGGCCAACCCAGAUCUAACCUGGAGGGAUAUGCAGCACCUGGUAGUGUGGACCUCAGAGUAUGAUCCACUGGCUGGAAAUCCAGGAUGGAAGAAGAAUGGAGCAGGACUGAUGGUCAACAGCAGAUUUGGGUUUGGACUGCUCAAUGCCAAUGCCUUGGUGGACUUAGCUGAUCCCAAAAGAUGGAAAGGUGUCCCAGAGAAGAGAGAGUGUAUUGUCAAAGACAAAAGCUUUGAACCCAGGUUGUUGAGAGCAAACGAGGAAGUCAUCAUUGAAAUCCCCACAAAAGCCUGUGAGGGUCAGGAGAACUCCAUUGCAUCUCUGGAGCACGUGCAGCUGGAGGCAACCAUCGAGUAUUCCCGUAGAGGUGAUCUUCAUGUCACUCUGGUGUCUCCAUCAGGGACCAGCACUGUCCUACUGGCUGAGAGAGAGAGAGACAAAUCUCCAAAUGGGUUCAAGAACUGGGACUUCAUGUCUGUCCACACCUGGGGAGAGAACCCCACAGGCACCUGGGUGCUGAGGAUUACUGAUGUGUCCAGGAGAAUGCAAAACGAAGGGAGGAUUGUGAACUGGAAGCUGAUUUUGCAUGGCACUGCCACCAAGCCUGAGCACAUGAAGCAGCCCCGCGUCUACACAUCCUACAACACUGUGCAGAACGACAGGAGGGGAGUGGAGAAGAUGGCAGACUCUGCAGAGGACCACACCACACAGCAGAGUGUGAGUACAGAACCCAAAGUUACAGAAGAGACCAGCAGCAGUGACAGAGCAGAAGAUAAAAUCCCAUCAGAGGCCAUGCUGCACUUACUGCAAAGUGCUUUUAGCAGACAGAAGGCUCCCAAGAGACUGCCCAAGAAGACUGCCAGUGAGAAGUCCAGCAUCCCCUAUGAACACUUCUAUCAAGCCCUGGAGAAACUCAACAAGCCUUCCCAGUUGAGAGACUCAGAGGAAAGCCUCUACAGUGACUACGUUGACCUUUUUUACAAUGCCAAACCAUACAAGCACAGGGAUGACAGACUGCUGCAGGCCUUGGUCGACAUCAUCAAGGAAGGCAACUGAACCUACAGGGCAUGGCACAGAGCUGGGGAUCCUCACUCUCCCCAUUGCACCCCCAAAACAACCUGUGGUUUCUUUUCAGAAGUCUGUUGUGUGCUCUUAGUUGUGUGAUUGCUGCUUUGAUUGCUUCAUAUUUAAUACAAAUAUCAAGGGAGGGAAGAAAAGAAACAAACCAACACCAAAAGGCAAAUGGGUUGGGAGGAUAAGGCAGUAAAUGGAUGCUAUUUAGGAACAGCUGUUUUCCCAGCCUCUCCUCAUCACCAUCAGAGCAGAUUUGCCCCUCAGGCAGGACAUGCAAUAGUAUUCCCCUGGAAACAGCAGUGCUCUUGUAAACCACCUUGAUUUCUUCCUCCACACUCUUUGUUUUAGCAUGCAGCAGGAUUCAGACCUGGUUGGUUUGAAGUCAGCUGCCAAAGCUAUGGGGAUAUAUACUCUCAUACCUAGAUUUGUGAUCAAUAUUGCAGUCUUUAUUUUGUCUGGUUUGGGUUUUGGGUUUGUUGUUUGGUUUUUUUGGGUAUUUAUUCCAGAUUUAAUACUUGCAGCCAGUGCUGCUUCCAGCAUGAGGCUUUUGGUUUCGGUUCCAGUGGUCCCUUACCCUCCUCUUCUCCCACAAAGGAACCAGCUGGGAGUUGGGCUGGGGCAUCAGUGAAGUUGUUAACAAUGCAGACCACAGACAGACAUGCAACUAACAUAAAAGAGCCCCCAGAUGAGGCAUCCCUGGAUGUGAGAUGAUGUUCUUACCACCUGACCUUCAACUACUUAAGUGAAGUGCCUGUAUUAUGAGCCUACUCUUUCUAGGCUGCGUGAAGUCAGUGAAGACAGAGGUUCCCACCAAGGCUUUUCAGAGCAGCUGCCUGGUCCUCAGGCUGGCUCUGAAUUCCUUGAUGGAGCCCUGGUCUGUUUGUACUGACUACAUGAGCUAUGGGGAUCAACCUCCUACCUAUGGAGCCUCAGGUAGAUUUCUAAAGUAACACAAAUGCUUUCUGAGAUGCUGAUGUCUGCAGUAGUCAGGACAACAAAGCUGGGAUCACUUUAUCCUUCUCUGGAACUAUGACCAAAGUGGAAUGGAAAGGGCAACUGCCCCAGCAGAGUC